AUGGCAGAUGCAACGUAUAUCCAGAAGGAUACAAGAUGGCGCAACAAACAGCGAAGCCUUGUGUUCUGUAGUCGCGGGGUUACAGCCAGGUUCCGACAUCUGUGCGAUGACAUUCGGAAGAUGAUGCCCCACCACAAAACGGAGGCAAAAUCUGAGAAAAGAUCAAACUUCAAUGAGAUUAACGAGAUCUGCGAGCUGAAGAAUUGCAACAACGUGGUUUUCUUCGAAGCUCGGAAACGAGAAGACCUGUACUUGUGGGUUGGUCGAGUUCCAUCUGGGCCAAGCAUGAAGUUUCAGGUGCUCAAUGUUCACACAACGCAGGAGGUUAGGCUAGCUGGGAAUUGUUUGCUCGGCUCACGGCCCAUUUUGUAUUUCGACAAGAACUUCAACAAUGUGUCUUAUUUGAAGCUCAUCAAAGAAGUCUUCACACAGGUUUUUGGCACUCCGCGGAACCAUCCCAAGAGCAAGCCAUUCCAUGACCACAUCAUGUGCUUUUACUGGCUGGACAAGAAGAUUUGGUUCAGGCAUUACCAGAUCUCACCUGAGACGCCAGAGGAUGCCAACAAGCCUGAGAAGCAGGUCCUCACUGAGAUCGGGCCACGAUUUGUCCUUGAUCCCAUCCGAAUCUUCGGAGGAAGCUUCAGUGGACAAACUCUGUACCUGAAUCCACACUACAUGUCGCCCACCGCGCUCAGGGUUCAGGCAAGAAAACUGCUCAAGAAUCCUUAUGUCAAGAAACUCGAGGACAAAGAAAAGCUGGAGCAGAGGAAGCAGGAGAACCAACUGCCGGAAGAUCCAGUUGAUGAGACGUUUGCAUGAUUUAAGACCCUCAGUUUGGAGGGCACUGCUCGGCAGGUUGUACAAAUCCAAAAAUGGAGCACACGCUCAAACAAAAUUCAGAUCUAUU